UCCUAAUGACUGAACUCAAAAAUCCUCCCUUUUAACGGCCAAACCGAAAAAGGCUGGCUCAUCACAAACGCAGGUCCCUCUCUUCCAUUUGCAUAAGAAGUAUCGACAACACAACUACUCCCUCCUAAAGUAAAACCAAACUACGCCUUCUCUGACGAUCUCCACGAUGCUCCUUGUCCCUCUCAUUGCUUAAUUAUCUCCAUUUCUCCUCUUUGCUUCUUCACUUUCUGCAUCCACCCUUUCUGUGUUACAGAUCUUUCAAUCAACGUCUUCUUCCACGGAUCUCAACUUCUCUCGAUUUCUGGAGUCCUUUUCUGGAAUUUCAAAUAAUCAUCGUUGAGGUUCGAGGAUGGCUUCAAUAUCUCAUUCUUCGGUUGCAUUAAGUGGAAUUUCAGCUUCGGAUCUUUUACAGAGCUCGAGUAAUGGUGUUAGUGGUAUCCCGCUGAGAGCCCUUGGAAGAGCGCGAUUCAGCCCCAAAAGAAGGGAUUUGGCAAUCUCAGCAAAGCUUAGGAAGGUGAAGAAGCAUGAGUAUCCCUGGCCCGAGGAUGCGGAUCCCAAUGUGAAAGGAGGAGUGCUCUCUCACCUUUCACCUUUCAAGCCUUUGAAAGAGAAGCAGAAGCCUGUUACUUUAGACUUUGAGAAGCCACUUGUUGAUUUAGAGAAGAAGAUUGUUGAUGUGCGGAAGAUGGCGAAUGAAACUGGUCUGGACUUCAGUGAUCAGAUCGUCUCAUUAGAGAAUAAGUAUCAACAGGCACUAAAAGAUUUAUAUACACAUCUUACUCCCAUACAACGUGUGAACAUUGCACGCCAUCCUAACAGACCCACUUUCCUUGAUCACGUAUUUAGCAUUACUGAGAAGUUUGUGGAGCUCCAUGGGGAUCGUGCAGGGUAUGAUGAUCCUGCUAUUGUUACUGGUAUAGGGACCAUAGAUGGUAGAAGAUACAUGUUUAUGGGUCACCAAAAGGGUAGAAAUACAAAAGAAAACAUUCAGCGGAACUUUGGCAUGCCUACUCCUCAUGGCUAUAGGAAGGCUCUUCGCAUGAUGUAUUAUGCAGAUCACCAUGGUUUUCCUAUAGUUACUUUCAUUGACACGCCUGGGGCAUAUGCAGAUCUCAAAUCAGAGGAAUUAGGCCAAGGUGAAGCUAUUGCUCACAAUUUGAGGACAAUGUUUGGUUUGAAGGUGCCCAUCAUUUCUAUUGUUAUUGGGGAAGGUGGUUCUGGUGGUGCCCUUGCCAUUGGUUGUGCCAACAAAUUGUUAAUGCUUGAAAAUGCAGUUUUUUAUGUUGCCAGCCCUGAGGCAUGUGCAGCAAUCUUGUGGAAAACUGCCAAGGCCUCUCCGAAGGCUGCCGAAAAGCUGAGAAUUACGGCAUCAGAGUUAAGUAAAAAUCAAACCGAUGGAGUCAUUCCGGAACCACUUGGUGGUGCGCAUGCAGAUCCUUCUUGGACCUCGCAGCAGAUAAAGAUUGCUAUCAAUGAAUUCAUGGAUGAGCUAACAAAAAUGAAGACUGAGGAGUUACUAAGGCAUCGAAUGCUCAAGUUCCGAAAAUUAGGUGGAUUUCAGGAAGGAGUGCCAGUAGAUCCUAAAAAGAAAGUCAACAUGAAAAAGAAAGAUGAACUCAUUGUUGGUAAGUCUACAAAACUGGAAUUGGAGGGUGAGGUUGAAAAACUGAAAAAGCAAAUUUUGAAAGCCAAGGAAUCAUCUGUAAGACCUCCUGUCUUAGCUGUAGAUGAGAUGAUAGAAAAACUGAAAAAGGAGGUUGAUCACGAGUACUCUGAGGCAAUUAAAGCUAUGGGUUUGAAGGACAGGCUGACUAUGUUACGAGAUGAGUUUGCAAAGGUCACUUCUGAGAACCAUCUUAUGCAUCCAGUUCUAAUGGACAAGAUUGAGAAGCUUAAAGAUGAGUUCAACAGAGGCCUGACAGCAGCUCCUAAUUAUGAAAACCUGGCACAUAAGCUUGACAUGUUAAAGGAGUUAUCUAAGGCCAAGAGACUCUCAGAAAAUGACAGUAAGGCUAUCAAAUUGAAGCAGGAAAUCAACAAGAAGUUCAAAGAAGUCGUGGAUAGAUCUGAUUUAAAGGAAAAGAUGGAAGCAUUGAAGGCUGAAAUUCGGGAUUCUGGAGAAUCGAACUUUGGGGAUUUGGAAGAAGAGCUGAAGGAUAAAAUCUUGAGGACGAAGUGGGAGGUAGAGGCAGAAAUGACCAAUGUCCUUCGUUCAAUGGGUUUGGAGGUUGAGGGUGUAAAAUCUAAGUUGAGUGAUCUUGUUGAGCAAAGUCCAUCAUCAGGAUUAAGGGUCAAGAUGGAACAUUUAAAUGAAGAGAUCAGCCAGAAAAUUCAAGAUGUAGUCAGUUCAUCAGAUCUGAAAAAUAUGGUUGAGCUACUUAAGUUGGAGAUAGCAAAGGCUGGAAAGACACCUGAUACAACAUCAAAGAACAAGAUCGAAGCUCUGGAACAACAAAUUAAACAAAGACUUUUGGAAGCCAUAAGUUCAUCGGACUUGAAGGACAAACAUGAAGAGCUGCAGGCCGUGGUUUCUGAAGAUCUAGCGUCAUUAGUUGGAUCAGAUGGAAGUUUGAAAAGGGAAGAAGAUGGUUCCAAGAAUGAGCAGCCAAGGGUGGAGAUUAAUUUGGGUGCAAACCGCAGCUUUGCUUAGUCUCAGUUCAUCAGUUCCCAUCUAAAAAGACUGAUGUUCGAGUGAAAGAACUAGAGAUGGAAACAAAGUUUCUAGACAUCAUACUUCAGCUUUGGACGUCAAUUAUACUGCUACCAAGCAUCCAUUGGUAGUAGCAGUUGGCAGACUAGGACAAGUUUUGCAUCCAUGGAAACCCAAGGCAACGCUUAUUGCAUUUCCAUUUGUAGCUGGAACUUUUCUGUUUUGAACUAGGUUUUGUUAACUUGUCAUUUGCGAUAUUGUUUUGUUUCCUUUCACCUUUCUCGGUAGAAUAUAUUUCUCUUUGUUAUUUAUUGAUAGACAGGAAACAGUUUGUAUAGAUUAUGGGAGUGCAGGUGGACUACGGCAGGUGCAGGCGAGACCUAUUUGUGCUUGCAAUAAUCAGAAAUAACACUUAUAAUUUUGGCUGAUA